AUGAAGACGCCCCAGAUGCAUUCGAUUGUGACGGUUUCGCCCAUUCCCAUCGAUGUAGAGCAGCAGCAGCAGCAAUCGCAUCCGCGUAGGACAUCCUCGUCCUCGCCUGGCACCCCACCAAUGAGCGCAACAAAGCUGCGCCAUUCGUCCGGUGUAGCGGUGCCGACAUCAAGCCAGUCGCCGAUGUCUGUGCACAUACCUGUGGGUGAUGGCGGGGCCCACGCAGGUUUUCCAGGCCUGUCGGUGGGCUACGUGCAAUCGGCAGAUGUGAUGCAGUCGUCAGUGAUGGUGCCUGCCAAGGAACUGGUUCCGCGCCAGUACACGCAGCAGCAGUUCCGCACGGACGCCAUCCGUGGCCGUUCCCAGACUAACUACGGCACCGCUGGUGGUAUGGCGGGCUCUCGCCCGAUGCCGGCUCUCUCGGUAGAGCGUCUUGGCGAGGCGGUGCUGAUGCCAGGACCACCUGGCACGACAGCCUGUGCGGCAAUGGCCAUGAACUUUGUGACCCCGCUCUCUGGCGUGCUUGACACACCGUCGACGCCGCCGUCGUCUACCACCACACCAGCCAACAAGAACUUCUCGAUGAGCGAGUGUCCGGGCCUGAUAUCGACGUCGCCCGUACCAACGCCCGUGACGCCGACGGAGCACAGCAGCACGAACUUGAUACUCUACAACAUUGGCCCCCACAUGACGGAGGCUGCCUUGCACACCUUGUUCGAUCCGUUUGGCGCGGUAGUGAGUUGUGCUGUGAUGCGUGAUAUCCACACAGGUGCAGGCCUGGGCACCGCCUUUGUGCGCUAUUCAGAACACAUGGAUGCGUGCCGCGCGCUGGAGGCCUUCAGCGACCGCACGAAUCCUGUGUGCGUGCAUGAAUCGAAACCGCUGGUGGUUCAAUGGGCGCGAAAGCAGCACGACGGUGCCCCCGCCGGUGAAGCGCGCAAGAAGAUCAUGAAGCUGUUUGUGCGCAACAUUCCCCUCGACUGCUCCAUCGAGGAUUUGGAGGAGCUGUUUGGGGCGUACGGCAAUGUGCGCCAGGUGACGCUGCACAAGGACACGUCGCCGGUGCAGGAUGAGGCGAUGGUGCGGCUGAUUGCGUUUGUGAUCUACACCGAGGAGGGCGCGGCGGAGCGGGCGGCGCGGGAGGUACACAACACGAAGCCGUUUGCGUCGUGCAACGGCAUCCCCAUCAUGAUUAAGCUGGCGGAGAGUAGUCAGCGGCGACGGUUCAUGAAGAACGCGGAGGCGACCGGGCCGAUUGUAUCGGUAGCGGGUCCGAUCGGGUUCCCAGCUGUGCGUACGUCGCCCAUGACGCCUGGUAUGCCCAGCUCACCGUUCGACAUUGCUGCGGCCGCGCAGCAUCAUCAGCACUUGCAGCAGCAGCAGCACCUAACUGCAUCGCAGCAGGGUAUGUGUGAGACUCAUGGCUUUGAAGCAUCCCCGUCAUCGUACAGCAUGCCCGUUUUCGAUGGCACCGCUGCGUACGCGCCGCCAGAUCCUCGAGAGGCAUCGACAGGCAGCUACCAAGGCACGUCGCAACGCCUGCAGAUGAGCGUCUCUGGCGGUGGCACUCCGGCUUCGGUGACUCCACUGGCCUCGAACAUCGUGGGAGGCUCACCAGGUCGGCAUCACCAGCCAAUGCCGACUUACGCAGGUGAUAGAGAGGGCCGUGUUAGUCCUCACUUCUCGUCGUUUGCCGCGCCGAUGCUGGCGCACUCGUAUCGCCAGGCUGCCUCUCUGUCUCUUGACGCCAACGCUGCCGCCGCUCAUGGUGGCCUCUCGGCCCCCUCGAAGUCAAGCGGCCAGAAUUUGUCUGAUGGGAUGGCGGGCGCUGGCGGUACGGGCGGCUGCCCCAGCGGCAGUUUCUUGUAUUUCAGUAGUAGCCCGGGCGACACAAAAUUCACGGCCGCCACAGCUGCGUCUAAUGGUGGGUCUCCGCCGGUGUCGGCCAGCGGCCCGUGGUGCGAGACCACCGGCGAUGACCCCAAUCAGAAUAGCAGCCUUGUGGCGUCGACGCAGACUACCCGAAAAGGCACGGAGGCGAGCUGUUCUCCGCCAGCCGCUGGCUCAGCGCCACCGCCAGGAUCGCUUCGCCUUUGCUCCACCCCGUCAAUGGCAUUCUCCAGCACCCAUGGCAGCCCGCAGCAGAGCACUGGGCUCCACCGCACCUCUCCAACGAGCAUGACUGCACCGGGUGUUGUGACGACAAACCGCCCCGUGUCCGGUGCUUUUGUGCCGAUAGGUGUUCCCACGAAUGCAGCUCCUCAGUCGGCUACAAGGCUGUCCGUUGCCAGCAGUGGGAGUACUUCCGACAUGAACUCUACCCUACCCAGCAACAACUUUGGCAGCGGCACCACGCCUAUCAGCGGUGCGGCGCACAACACGGAGUCGCCGACGGUGCGCAUGGGUGCGUCUGAGUCGUGGCGCCGUGCUGUGCGGACACACGUGCACAACACAAAACGGCAAAAUGAGCGCCUCAACGUGAGCGGCUCCCCGUCAUCCAUGCCGUCGAUGAGUGCGAGUUGCAGCGUACCAGCACCGGCGGCUUCACCACCGACGGCAGUGCGAAAAGGGAGUAUGCUCUCCAUCAGCUGCAGCGAAGCCUUCGCCCCUGACACCACACCGCCCACGUCGCCCAUCUCAAACUCGACGCUGUCAGCUGAUCAGGCUGGCACGAAGCCCACCAACACGGGUACUCCUUCAUCGGGGCGGAUGCGAUACUACAACAAUCCGUACUCCUCUGAAAGCACCAAACUCUUUUGCUGA